AUGAAGACUCUCACUCUCCUCUGUUUCCGCCUCUUGUUCCACUUUGGUUACUUUGUACGAAAUAUUGUACAAUGGAACCUGAAUCUCCUUUUUUGUCGUAUUCUGAUUCAAAUAAAUGACAUCAAUAUUGCUGAACUUGUUGGCAACUGCUCCAAUAUACAGAUCAUUCAUGAAGUCGCUUAUUAUUACAACACACCUCUUGUUAAUUUGUUCAAUUUUACAAAAGAAAGCAUCAAAUUCAACAACCUCACUUCCAGCAACACCAGUCCACUCAAUCAUUGA